AUGGACACUCAAGGAAGUUUACCGAUAGUACAGUGCGUGGCAAGAGCCAGAAUUCCUACUACGACUGGGCCAGACAUCUUUCUACACUUGUAUGCCAACGAUAGAGACAACAAGGAACACUUGGCGAUUGUCUUUGGCGAGGAUAUACGCUCCCGGAGCCUGUUCAAGCGCAGGAAGAAUGAAACACAGCAGGAGCGCAUGGUACGGGGCGCGUAUGUCGGAAAGUUGUUUCCCGGCAGAACGGUCGCUGACGUGGACGAGAACCUGGGCCUGGAACUACAGUUCGACAACGACGGAGAGCUGAGGGUCGAGGAGAAGACGACGUGGGCCAAGAAAGAUACGCUGGUGCGGAUCCACUCCGAGUGCUACACGGGUGAGACCGCGUGGAGCGCGCGGUGUGACUGCGGAGAACAGUUCGACCGCGCAGGCAAGCUGAUCGCCUUGGACCGCGAGGGCGACAUAGUUGGCGGCUCGGGCCGCGGAGUCAUAGUUUAUCUGAGGCAGGAGGGUCGCGGCAUCGGCCUCGGCGAGAAACUGAAGGCCUACAACCUGCAGGACCUGGGUGCCGACACCGUGCAGGCCAAUCUGAUGUUGCAGCACCCGGCGGACGGACGCGACUUCUCGCUCGGCCGCGCCAUACUGAUAGACCUGGGGAUCGAGCGGGUGCGGCUGCUCACCAACAAUCCCGACAAAGUAUCGCAGGUGGAACAUCCGCCACAGCUGCAUUGUGUGGAGCGCGUACCUAUGAUUCCGCUAUCCUGGACCAGUGACGAAGACGGCAUUCAUUCCUCGGAAAUCGAAGGGUAUCUGCGGACCAAAAUUGAGCGCAUGGGGCAUUUGCUCCAGAAGCCUCUCAAACUGCACACCAUGGAAAACGUUCCGGCGAGCUCUACUACAAUAACCACACAUACGAUAAUCUGA